AGUUGGAACGCUAAGCCACGAAAGUUGUUGUAAACUUGGUGCGACGUCUUGGCGGUGUCAGAAUUCGCAGCUUGCAUACGGAAAGUCUGAAUUUGUAAAGUGCCAGCUAGAUUUUUGACACUUCUGAACCUCGGAAGUCUACUGAGCUUGCGACAGCUGACAAGUUUUUGAAAUUUGGAUUUCUGCAACCACCUCAACUAGUGUUAUCCUGCCUGAUCUCUUCAAGAAGUUUUUGAAAUCAUACUUUUGAUUCGAAUCGUAAGAAACCAUGAAUGUGGCACAGCGACGAAGACGAUCUUCACACAGCAUGAGGAUUGAGCGCAGGAGGUGGGAGCCAAUCCUUCUAACUGAUCAUGGUUUAUUGGUGUGCGUUCCGGGCGGAAAAAGUAGGCGCCGCCGGGUGAUGAAUCUCGCGGUCCGUUCGUCCUAGAUCAUGGAUCAAAUUGACUGCAGAACCUUUUUGUCCGAGGAUGGCGCCCUCAUUGUCCCUACGACUCUCGUAUCAAAAGUAAAAAUGUCUGGGUCUGGAAACUUGUGAUGCUGGGUGGCGUCUCAUGAUGAGACUUCAAAUGCUGGCUCAGCAUGACAAGUCUCUGAGCUUCUAGGUGUUGCCUAUUCUGCAUGACAAACUGCGCUUCUGCAUCACAGAAAAACGGAGCUCUUGGGCAACGUGUAUGACAGAUUUAAGAGUCAUGCCAGACAAGCAUGACAAACAUGAAUUCUUCCAGACCCAGACAUUUUUACAUUUGAUAUCUCGCCCGACCUCAGCAGUCGUGGCAAGCGGGUGCAUAUCAAACGUAAAAAUGUCUGGGUCUGGAAGAAUGCAACUUGUGAUGCUGUUUUUGGAUUCUAAAAAAAUUAGUGUUGCAUGACCAGCAAGAAAGGUCCAGCCUGUGCUACGCGGAGAGGGCAUUUCUCAUGCGGAAGGCGCAUCAGGAAGCCCUCUAAAGGUCUGUGAUGCUAGGUCAUGCAUUACAGGCAUCAGGGGUCAUGAGAAAUAUGCAUGACAAGUCUUGCAUUCUUCCAGACCCAGACAUUUUUACAUUUGAUAGUGCACGCGGUAGCACCAUUGGAGAACGGGUUCGUGGUAUCCUUCGGCGAACAGAUCUUCAGGUGCAGCGGCCCGGGGGAACCACUGGAAGUGCUGCAGUGGCGCGAUCCGAACACCAACAAGAUUGUAGCGCAGGCGCCCGGGGAUGGGGGAGGCCGUGGCGGGGGUGGUAACAAUGACGUUAUUCGCCGUCUCUUCCCCAGCGACUGCCACCGUCACUGCCUCGUGCAAACGGAGCAGCUUCACCAUUACUAUGUGGGUGUGGGCAGCACCAGACGCGGCGCCACCGGUGGUUCUUCGGCGGUGAAUGAGGGUGCCUCUUCGUCAACACCGGCCGUGAUCUUAAAUGAGGUCAAAGGCCUGCGCAAGCUGUCGGUCACUGCUGUGGGAUGGUGCGAUGUCCCGUUCGCCGGGAGCACAGAGAUUUCUUCUUGCCACGCGUUUGUCGGACUCGAGUCGGGCGCACUGUACCUCGUGUCCAACUUUCACGACUUCAACAUCGUCCAAGUGCGGCAAGCUUCCGAAGAUGUGCGCAAACCCAUCACGGAUCUUCGUGUGAUGCACACCCUCAGUCCCCAGCGUCAAGCCAGCAGCGCUUCCGGCGACCAGAGCAAUACCGUGAGCGUCGUGCGCUACACCUUGUGGCUCGCCACUCAGAAGCGGCUGCUCGUCUACAAUAACCCGACUCCUCUGUUCCUAGACAAAAGCUUCGUGCGCAACUUUGACCGAUAUUUUGUCAACUUCUUCGAUUCUGUCGAAAAAACCGCCAAGGAAGUGCCGGCAGCGACUUCGUACAGCCGCGUGCAUCAUUUGCCUGCUUCGGUUCUGGCUUCGAGGGAGGGCGGGGCGGCUGCGGUGGCAAGUGCUAAUACGCCUGCGGUACCGAAGUGUGUCUUUUUAGUUUUUUUGCUGUCUACUAAUUUCAAUCAUGAACUGGUAGCGAGGAGUUGUUCAUCAACUUAAGUAGAUUGAUGCUACCGUAGUAGUCACGAGCAAUGGGGUGUCGGCCCCGUUGGGUUGCGGGCUUGUUUGACGGAACGUGAAGGGCGCCUUAGUAUGGCUUGAAUUUUUGAAGAGAAUAAAGAACGUAAAUUAUAUGAAAUCAAAAACGAACAGCAAUCUGCCCUGUACUUACAAGAUUCCAUGGCGUGGGUGACGACAUUUGGACUGGUAGUACUCCGGAUAGAGGACCCCACUACCCACGUUGUCAUUCCUUACGCGGGCCCGACCACGAUUUCCUCCAGCACGCUCCCGGGGAGCGCCCUGGUAUUUCCAAUGUUGCUGAUAGGCUCAAUUCGGUGGAGUAACUUCUGUUGGGUGCAGGUAGUUUGCAGCAUCAUGGAGUUGUCGUAGUGGUCGUACUGUUCUCCUUGUUCUGAAAAUCCCAACUUACUUGUGUAGGUUGACACUGAGGGUGUUGUGAGUUCACUCGGAGCGAGCAUGCCAUCGAGCAAAUUACUGGGUUUUGCCAGCACCGAGUACCAUUUUCUGGUACUGUUCGGGGAGCCGGCUCGCAGCCUGGUGCUGUUUUCUCGCGUUACCGCCGAGGUGGUCUAUGCCGAAAGCCUGCCAGUUACGCGGUACGGCGAGUUGGUGAGCGUGUUCCGGACGGGCAAACUUCUGUGCGACCUUCCCCGAGCGGACCAGUUUAGCGGGCAGAUUUUGCUGGUAUGCGACGCCUUUGUGUACGAUGUCACGGUAAAUCAGGAAAAGGCCAACGUCUGGCGGCUACUGCUGAAGAAGCAGGACUUCUCCAAUGCUCUGAAACUCUGUGACGGGCAGAACAAGUUUUUUGUGAUCGAGAGCCACGCGGAGGCUUUGUUCCGGGAAGGCGACUACGGCCGCGCUGCGAUCUUUUUCAGCCAACUGCCAUCCUGGAUCCGCAGCUUCGAGUCAAUCUGUUUGGCGUUUCUCGAGUGCAUGCGAUCCUCCCCCAAGGGGGCCAGGCUCGGGGCCGUGAGCUCUUCGGUGGCCCGUCUGCGGGGGAAAACGGGAACUGCCACAGACGGUCGGCAGAAGGAAGCUCAACACCAGCGCCACCCCACCAGUGACCGGGUGCAGUCAGAGUCCGUUCGGGUCUAUGACGGGCAGCAUGUGGCGAGCAUGUCCUCCCCAGCUUCCGCUGCUGUUGUUGCGCUCGCUCUGCUGGACUAUUUGAAAUUGAAGAUGCAGAACUUAGCCAAGGGGACACCCGAGCCCCAGACUCAGAUGGUCCUCCUCGGCGUCUGGGGUAUCGAAUUCUGCUUGAACAUUCUUUGUGGGCACGACGCGCAAGCGGGCAGAGAAGCUGGCUCAUGCGGCGGCCAGCAGCCUGCGGCUUCGUCGAGAACAAGUGACGGCGCAAAGCUCGAGGAGGUUGUAUGUAGUGAGGUCACCGAACGGUUCUAACCGGGGAGUUUUUUUGCCAUCUCCCCUGAAAAACGACCGGCAGUUUUCAAGCGGGCGGGAGUGUUUUUUGACGAAAAAGAUUGGCAAUUAUCAAGCGGCCGGAGCUUUGCCAACAAACAAGCCCGGUCGAAAACUAUCGAUUCCCGCUUGAUAAAACGACGCAGGGGAGCCGGCAAAAGGGGCGCCCUUCUGAGGCGCCCGCCGCCUUGGUUUCUGGCGAUUUGGGGCGCCCAAAAAGGGGCGCGCAAAAAACGCGCCCAAAAUCAGAACAGCGAAACAGCAUGGCACGGCCGCGAUUUCGGAGCAUUUUGGGCGGUCGCGAAAGCGGCCGCCUUUUCGCCGGUUUUAGAGCCUGGGAAGCUUUGCAAAAAGCGCCGGCGUGAAAAAUAAAAACGCGAAAAAUAAAAAGCGCCCCAGACGCGCAAAGCCAAUCCGCAUGCUAUGGGCCCGGUUUUUCUUCGCUUUUUGGGCGCCCCCCGUGGCACCCGGAUCGGCCCCAUAGCAUCGGGGCUGGCUUUCGGAAAGGAAUUUUGGAAAUGUGCCAAAAUUUGCGACGUUUCCCAAGUGGGCGCCAUACCGUGCGGCAUAACGUUACGCGCGGUGGUAUGGCGAGCCCAUAAAAAGCAAAGCCGCGGCCAAGGCGGCGGUCGGCAAAAAAACGCCCACGACCUCACUACCCCCGCCCCGGCGGCUAUAUUUGGUAUUUGUCCCCGCCCGAAAUUUGCUGUUAUUUUUUCUGAAUCAGGCAGCGCGGUUGGACUGUGCCGCCACGGUGUACCAACUGCUUCUAAGCUACGACUGCACCGAUGAAUUUCUGUAUUUCGCCUGGCGCCUCCGCGAUUUCGCGAUGCUCGCACGACACUACGUCGCUCGGCGAGAGUACCCGGAACUCCUAGAAUGCAUCGAACGGGUCUUGGUUGAAGAGUCGGAGGAGGCCGCUGUGCAGAUUCUCGGCCAGUACGCUCCCAUACUCUUUGAAGCAGCGCCUGUCGAGCUUGUGUCACUGUUGCGAAAACCUGAAUUUUAUGAUCUGCAAACAUGUCAAGGUUACAUGAUACCUGGAACAAACACGAAGGUGGACGAAAACGCAGAUUCUGUCGCUCGUUAGAUUUCGAUUUGCAUUUGUCACAUGGAUGCUCGGCCGAGGUUCCAGCAAUCUGAACCUGUAUGUUUCCAAAGCAGCCCAAAGAAAGCAUCGAGAUCAGCUGUUGGAACGCCGGGGCCAUGUAUGAUCAUGCCUAAAAAAGUCAAACCGGACUUCCUUCUCCAACCUGCAGACCACCACCUUCUCUUCUGUCUAGAGCUUGCCUUUGGGUAUGGUGGGGGGGUGGCCGCGCGUGGACCUGCAGAGGAGGGGAGCUGCUCCGGAGAGUGGGCGUUGUGGCUGCGGAGGUCGAGGUGCGGGAGACGAGGUUGCCUGGGCCGGGGAGAAGUCGGUUGAGGCUCCUGUUAAGGAGGUUGCUUCGAUUGGCAGGCAGGUGGUGUGGAUUGUGGAAGAGGUGAUCCGACGUGUGGAAGAGGAGUUUGGAGCCUGGAGACGUGGGUUUGGGUCGGAACGGAGGUGGUCGCGGUUGGAGAGGCGGCGGAAUGUGGGGGGGGGGGGUACGUCCUCGAAGUUUUGGAGCAGGCAGCUCAGGUUAGGGAGGAGGUACCCGGGGUUUUUUUGCGCUGUGCUCGUCGCUCAAAAUAUUUAGUCGCCUUGCCUGAUAUACUCAAGUACAGUGCUGCACGGCCAUGUGAAGCAACCAACGCAGAUGAUUUUAGGCGGGCAGAUGAUGCAUGGAAGAGAAUCUCGCGCUUGCGUUUUCCUUUUCCUUUUCACGAGCAGUGAGAUGUUUGCAGUGAAUGAAUCUAAUGGGGCCAAUGUCGAACUGAGUCUCGGUCUCUUGGCGUCGUACGCGUAUCGGGACUCGCCCACACCGGACGACACUGCAGGUCCUUUUUUUUCAAAUUAAGUAGCAUAGCUCUGAUUGUUUUGACUGUCUACCCCGUUCCAUUCCGUGCGCUUUCUGGGAAAGACUCCUCCUAUAUAUCGCUUUCGAUAUUUUCAUUUACAUUUUGCGUUGCACUCACCCUACCUCGCUUUUCCCCUGCAACUUCUGCAUGGAAAGGGUGCGUCGAGCGCCAUUAAGCUUGAGUUGGAAUUUUGAGCGUGCAGGCCUUGACGAGGGGGCACGCAGCUACUUGCGAAUUGGAUCUUAUCGUGUGUGAUUAUGCGAUUGAGUUUUUCAACUUUUUGCCCUUUUACAGACUGCGUUCCUAUAGGAAAAUCACUUACAUACGUAUCAGUUUACUUGUUGCUGUUGUUUCUGUUUGUUCUGUCUUUGCGAGAUCAGGAUCGCUGCAAUUUGAAGUUCACUUCGCUGCAUUAAUCACGUCUCGCACAUACAAAGUAAUCGCUCAGCUCAGCUCGUAUUUGCAGAUGCAGAUCAUGACGAAUCAAGAUGCCACGAGCAAGCCUCCAUUUUCGAAACGAGUGGAAUAAGUAACUACAAGGCGCGCCACCACAUCCGACUCAACUGACUUGGACGAAGUCAAAAAGCAAUUUUCGUGAUUAGUGUCUGAUGCGUAGAUAUUUAAAAAAAACUAGAAUACGAAAAAUGUGCAGCAGCAACAUGCUGCGACUUGAUUCGAUUGUUGAACAGGCGGGGGGCCCACGACAAAAACACCACACGCACAUGAAGCGAUCCGGUACCUGGAAUUUGCACUCCGCAAGUUGGAGAUGUCGGACCUCGAGCGCGGAGAGUACUUGAAGCUGCUGUUCGUAUUUUACGCGCGCCAGUGGGAAGGCGACAUUCUUUUGCGCUUUCUUCAGAGUGACGACGUGGCACGGAGCCUGGAUCUCAUUUUUGCUCUACGCGUUCUGUCAGACGAAAGUAUCAGCCUGGACGAGACAGGAGGAAACUGGUCUCCUGACCACAAGGCCGAAAUUGCAGGAGCGCGCUCUAUCGUAGUAAACAGUGCUACAACAGCGCAAGCGGAUCAUCUUCGCGACCGGAAAGCAAUCCACCAGACCGCACAGGUGUUGCUUUUUGCGAUGCUGGGACAUCACGAGGAGGCUGUCGAGGCGGCUUUGGCGAGCGGAAACGUAGAACUAGCAAAAGAGCACGCUGCGAGGCCUGCGCACCCAGAGGAACGAACGCGGCUUAUCAGAAUGACUCAAGCUUCUAUACCACCAUCACGAUGGAUACAGAAAAGCAGUUUGUCUUGCAUCGAUUUGUUCGACCACUUGUGCAGUAAGUGUACAGAAAGCAUCCUGUACGUCAAUCGUCUUGUCAUUUCUCCAUCAGGACCCACGAACGCCAGCACAACAGGCGAAUCCCAAUCCUGAGGAAGUACGUUAGUACCAAUCUAGCUACUGAGCAUGCGCGACUCGUCUUUGAAUACAGGCCAAUUUAUCAGGCUCUCGCUUUCAUCGUGCCGUCCGAGACUACAGGCUGUUCGCGCCGUCGAACAGAUCUAGGUCUUUUCCUUUAACUGUGUUGGAUGGAGUCUUUCAUAUGAUGCGACUGUUUUUGCAGGUUGUCGAGUACGAGGCGGAUCGGGUUGCUUCCCUGCCUCCCGUAGAACAGCUGAGCACCUUCCGCAGCCUCCUGAGCUCUCACGGGUAUCCUGUGUUAAUUGAAAUUGAAACACGCCUCCCCAACAACUCAACGGCGCCUCAUGGAUGCGCAAAUAAAUGACUUUACAUGGCAGGUAUGGCGUAGUACGAGCUGAAGCUGUUGAAGCGCCUCUUUGUCAUGCUUUGUUCAAGUUCUUGUCAAAAUCAAAAAGCUGCUCCUGUAUUAAUUUGAAGAGUCAACGUCCGACGGUACUGUUUUUUGAGUUUCCUAUGUCAUGACUCGCUAGCCCUGACUCCGACAACUUUUGUUGUUGUUCAUGAUAGCACGUCGCGAAAGUAAGUGCGGCAGAAUGUAACCGCAUAGUCGUAUUUACCACGCUUAGCGACGUUGCCCGAAUAUUUUCCGGUGGGCACGAGGUCGUUUCUUAUUCUUUUUUUUUCACAAGCAUAGUGGACAUCUGGUGACCAUUCGAGACCUUUUGCCGUUCGUUCCGGAGCCUCUGGUGGUGUCUGGCUUUCAGGAGGAGAUCGCACAGUACCUGGAAAACUGCGAGCGUUCCAUCGAUGAGCUGCGAACCGAGAUGCGAGAGCAUCGUAAAGCCGCGCAGGUUCUGAAGAAAGAUUUGCAGCUAUCAUGAUGAAAAGAAUUGUUCCUGCAAAUGCACUCCCAGAAUAAAUGGAAAUCCAUCAGUAGACGCUGAUGCUUCAUCUCAUGCGAACUUAGCACCGAUAUGAAGAUUCACAGGCUGGCCUAAUCAAAACGCGGCGCAUUUGUUUUCCCCUCAAGGAGUGCACGACUUCUCCCUCAAGGGCCGGAGCUUUUCAUUUUGAUAGCUGUAUGUUUCUGAGCGGACCAUCGAACUCCGGCUGGACGCCGUGUGCGAAUUGUGCGGGGGAAGCAUCCUCGAGCAGAAGUUCGUCUGUUUCUUGUGUGGCCACGCCUUUCACUUGGAGUGUGCCGAGAAACUCGGUUUGAAGACACAAGAGGACUGUCCCAGCUGCGGUUACCAAAUGAUCGACGCUGUCGUACGGCCCUUCAUAGCUGUCUCGGAAGAAGAAGAGACCGAGAGCUGGAAAAUUUAGGCUUAAAGCGCGUAUACGCAAGCACAGUCGUCUGCUGUUCCCAAUUCUAAGACGGGAAGAAGUGAUGGUGCUAGUGGUAUCGUGUUUUACCGGCUGCCCACGGAGCACAACGCCAAUCUGCGUUUAGAAAGGGUUUUGCACGGUUUACGGGUUUAGAAUCUAACUUUCUACCCAUAACUGGCCCUAGCUGGCAAAUUCGAACCCGUACAUUUGCAAGCCUUAGUGCGGAAAAAGUGAAGCGUACUUUUUGCCAUGAGUAGG